AUGACUUCUCCCCUGCCCCCUGUUCGCCGCAUUGUCACAGACCAUAAUAACGCAGGCCAGGCGAUCAUCAAGUACAAGGAGAAUGUCACUGCCAAAAUCGUGCCCCACGGCGCUGCUUUGAGGAGCCUGUGGAUGACUGACUCUUCUCCCGCCGAUCUCACAUCUCCAGGCGACAAUGCUGGUGCCCAGGUUGGAAUCGUCAACAAUGGGUCUGUCUUUCGAAUUGUGGACUUCCCACCCAGAAGCUCAGGCCAUAUGCAUCGCACGAUUUCUAUAGACUAUGCCAUCAUCCAGAAAGGCACCGUCGUUCUUGUUCUCGACGAUGGAAGCACAACAUCAGUGGUUGAGGGAGACGUUGUUGUACAACAGGGAACUAUGCAUGGAUGGGUCCAUUUACUGGUGGUUUUGCUUCCGGCAAAGGCACCUAUAGUUGCUGGGAAAGAGCUGAAGACUGAUACAUCGUCCCUGGGCAUGUAG